AUGGUGAAAAAUAAAGAGAAAUCCAAUCAGAAUGCAGCAAAGGAGUGGCGAGAGAGGUCCGAGCCUCUCCUCGCCGUGCCUGAGGAUGAAAGUGAACAUCCUCCACACUCUUUGCCACGACUCAGCGUAGUACUACCAUGUAGCAGUAAUUCAAGUGUCUCAAUAAUGCCAAAAAGAAGUCCACUGUCUCAUGGCGACGAAUCAAUGACAGUAGUACUAUCAGCGUUUUAUGCUAAGCUUCUAAUAGUUUUGGGACUAGCAUUACCCGUCACGAGCACUAUACAAAACGAACUAUACACAAAUAUAACGUCGGACAUCUUUACUAUAUAUUUAUAUGUUGUCAGUAUGUUUUUUUUGGGGUACACGUUUUAUCAUUUAAGUAGAGUCAAGAAAAAUAUAGAAGAUAAUAUCAAGCGAACUCGAUAUGGUAGUUUCUACUUGCAUAUGGGCGUAGCGGGGUUCAGCGUUGGCUCAAUUAUUUACUCAUGCUUGCAAAUCGCUGAAUACUUUGACCUUUCUGGAGACUGCCAAUUAAUGAUAGUCGCUUUAAAGCCGACACUAAGGAUUGUAUUCUUGGUGGCACAAACUGUUUUCAUUUUUUCGUACACAGAUAUUUUGGAUCCGAUGCGAGGCGUUGUACUGGACAGGUUCGGUUUAAUGCAUUUGAUCGCCACAAACGUUUGCGAAUGGUUGAACGUCAUAAUACAGGAAACAAGAGACGACAUCAUCGCCGUGGCAUACAAUAGCCCAGCAUUUAUAAGAUACACGACUAUAAAGGACCCAAUAAAGUCUUUCACGACUGGAGGAAACGACGAUACAAACUUUGAAGAUCCAUUUUACAAUGAUACCUCAGUUAUAACACGUAAUCAUACAUUAAUUGCGAACUGGAAUUGUAAUAUUUCGGAUAUCAUCACUCCAAUAAUUAGAGCGGUAAACCCUUACCUGAGGCCAUGCGGAGUUGAAUACAGUCUUCUGUGUUCCAUCAUCAUAGUCGUCAUUUGGAACGAUAUAUGCACGGUCCCAGGAUCGAAAACGAUAAAGCAAAUGACCUCAAACGGAAUUCAAACCAAAGAAGUAAAGCAAUGCUGUACAAGAGUCAAAUCAAACAACCACUUCUCAGUGGACUGUGGGAGUGCACACAAGGGACUUUUCAUGGGAAUUGCAACACUUGCUGGAACCGUAGUCAGUCUGAUGCUGUUUAAUGGACUGUUUCAAAAAGCCAAGCAUAUAGAGCUCGCUUUAUUACAGAUCAACAUAUGGGAGACUGUUCUGUUUGUGCUUAUGACAAUCGGUUCGGGUGUUUGUAUUCAAAGAAUGCGCUUGCUGACUCUGCGCAAAAUAGCCUCCACGAUGCCAUUGGAGCAUGCUUUGCUUCUUGUGACACAGUGCGGCGUCUAUCUUUACUAUCUAUUUCAAAUAAUAGGAGCCGGCUUCUUAAUACAACGUUACCCUGAAGGAAGGAGAGCAACAAGAAUUAUCUCGCCGCUAUGUGCAGUGAUACAAAGUUCGUGUCAAACUUUACUUGUGUUGGACGCUUGGUCUCGACGCUGUGCAACAGUAAACGGCAGUCGACCAGGACGACAGUUGGUGACAUUUCUCCUCGUUGGAAACUUCGCAUUGUGGCUACUGAACAGAGUGAAAAACGCAAGGGCCGAAUAUCAUCCACUACAAAUGGAAUUUUUUGGCGUUUGGGCAUGGACUCUUAUCACACAUGUGUCAGUACCGUUACUCGUAUGCUACAGAUUUCAGGCCACAGUUUGUUUCUAUGAGAUAUGGAAAAAUUCUUACAAACGUAAAAAUUACACAAAUGAGCACGAUCCGAAUGAGUUUGAAUUGAAGAAUCAUGUCGCA